AUGAAAAUUAUAAAGUAUUUAAAAUUAAUUGUCGGAAUUGUAAUGUUUCUUAAUACCGUUAAAUUAAUGCAAGCAAAUGAAAUGAUUAGUCGUAAGCAGGAUAUUGAUUAUCAAUCUUUUUAUACGGGUACUGAAACACUAGAGACCAAGCGUUUAAUUUUGCGUCAAAUAACUUUAGAUGACGCUGAAGAUAUGUUUAAGUUUACCUCGGAUCCUCAAGUGGAAACGUGGGAUCCUAUUGAUGAAACAGUAGCUGAUACGAGAAUGUUUAUUGAAUUUCUGCAAAAAAAAUAUGCUGAAAAAGAACCAGCGUUGUGGGGAAUAGCAGAUAAAAACACUAAUAAAAUUAUUGGUUAUUGUGGAUUUAAUCAUAGUCAACCUGAGCAUUCUAUUGUAGAACUUGAAUAUGCCUUAGAUAAAGCAUAUUGGAAUCAAGGAUUAAUGUCAGAAGCGUUAGAAGCUAUUUUUGCUUUUACCUUUAAUAUAUUAAAAAUUAAUAGAGUUAUAGCAUUUAUAGUCAUAGAUAAUAUUCGGUCAGAACGAGUUGCCUUAAAAUUGGGUAUGCAGCUAGAAGGGGUACAUAGAGAAGCGGGCUACACGCGAGGAGCUUUUUGGGAUAUGAAAAGUUAUGUUAUGUUAAGAAAUGAUUACCGUGCCUGCUCAAAAAGUUAUCAUUAA